CACACCCAGGGCCUCUGGGACCCCUAAUGAUCUGGGGGCCCAUUUUCCAGGCUUGUAAUCCAGCCUUAGUUCCACUCACAAUAUAUUGAGUUAGACACAUUGUCACAAUGCACCACAAACUAAAUAUUUGAUUUCACAUAUAGGCCUACAUUCAUCUGAGAGUUAUAUAAUUGUCCAUACUGUGGAUGGGUUGAUAAACAAGAGAGGGACAGUCAGCAGUCAGACAGAGUCAGGGACCCUCCAUGAACCGCCGCAGUGAUUGUGUGGCACAGUCCGGACCAUGCAGGCCUUCACUCGGCCAGCAGGUGUCGCUGCGGACUAUGGAGAAACCGACUGGAGAAGAGACGGGGCCUGGCCUGGGAAUUUGCAGCUCGCUUCCCAUUCUUCCGAUGCAGACAGACACACAACAUGGCGGACUAGAAUAGUCGGCCGACGCGCCCGGAUACAGCGGAUAAACCGUGGGAUUUAUCAUCCAGGAAAGCUAAAAAAGUACACUCUGAAGGGACGGUACGUUAGGGCGGACUGAGGAUUGUUUGGGGGGCGCCGGUACUCGCCUGGAUUUAGCGGAUAAACUGACAGCGAAGUGUUGGCCGUGUGUCCCAGAUCGUGCUUCCCUCCUCUGCUAUCACCCAGGUCCCCCCACCCCGCUCACACUCUCGGUUCCAGGGGUGUGGAGACAGGGGCCGGGGUUGAAAAACGUGGAAGAGAAAGAGAGCAUAAAUUCCUACUUGGCUUUGACUUGUUUUUUUGCCCCUUUCGGGUUUCCUCUGGGCGCUACAGGAGUUGUGAACCACGCUGUGCGAAUGAGUGAUUGAUGCCAAUUUCGCUUCUUCAGGGCAGAAUGGGUGUGUGUCCCCUGCUCCUGCUGCUCGGUCUAGCCCUCGGGGCCUCAGCCCAGGAUCAUGUCCCCGUCACAAGUCCUCCAAAUAUCACUGCCAAACCCACAGACCCCCCAGCCGCACCCUCCCUCAACAUCACAGCCGCACACACACCAGCCCCCACAGGCCCACCCACAACACUCGCCGUCAUCCCGGUGACGACAAAAACAACCACCACCACGACCACAAGCCCAGCUGUUGAUGAGAACGUACAACCGGUGGGUCCCAAUGCCACCAGGAAGUUGGCACCAAUCCCUCCUCCCCUACCCCCAGCUCCAACUGAUGCCCCUCAGGCACCACCGAGCACCGCGCCUCCACCUCCUCCCACCACAGAGGAAGAAGGGAACUGGACCACAUCUUCGGUUCCAGACACCCCAACUCUAGAAACCUAUUCUGAUGAGGGGCAGGAAAUCACGGUGGAGACGGAGACCACCACAGAACCUGGCAUGGAAUUCACCUCCGACACGAGCCCACAUGACAACAACCCGUCUGACGAAAUGCCAAUCAUAGCGGUGAUGGUGGCCCUGUCCUCCCUGCUGGUCAUCAUCUUCAUCAUCAUCAUCCUCUACAUGCUCAGGUUUAAAAAGUACAAGCAGGCAGGAAGCCAUUCAAACUCCUUCAGAUUGACCAACGGCAGAUCAGAUGAUACAGAACUCCAAAGUGUGCCGCUAUUGGCCCGUUCGCCCAGCACAAACAGGAAGUACCCGCCCCUUCCUGUCGACAAGCUCGAGGAAGAAAUGAAUCGUCGCAUGGCUGAUGACAACAAGCUCUUCAGGGAGGAGUUUAAUGCUCUGCCGGUCUGCCCCAUCCAGGCAUCGUGUGACGCUGCUUCCAAGGAAGAGAAUAAAGAAAAGAACAGAUACGUCAACAUCCUGCCAUAUGAUCACUCCAGGGUGCAUCUCUCAUCUCUGGAGGGAGUCCCUGACUCUGACUUCAUCAAUGCCUCCUUUAUAAAUGGUUACCAAGAGAAGAAUAAGUUUAUUGCAGCUCAAGGGCCGAAGGAGGAAACAGUAAAUGACUACUGGCGGAUGAUCUGGGAGCAGAACACAGCCACCAUUGUCAUGGUGACUAAUCUGAAGGAGAGAAAAGAGUGUAAGUGUGCCCAGUACUGGCCGGACCAGGGCUGUUGGACAUACGGGAACAUCCGUGUCUCUGUGGAAGACACGAUGGUUCUAGUGGACUACACCAUCCGCAAGUUCUGCAUCCAACAGGUGGGAGAUGUGUCUGGGAAGAAGCCUCAGAGACUUGUCACCCAAUUCCACUUCACCAGCUGGCCAGACUUCGGGGUGCCCUUCACCCCCAUCGGCAUGCUCAAGUUCCUCAAGAAAGUCAAGACCUGCAAUCCCCAGUAUGCAGGGCCCAUCGUGGUCCACUGCAGCGCGGGAGUGGGAAGGACAGGUACUUUCAUUGUGAUCGACGCCAUGUUGGACAUGAUGAACGCUGAGAGGAAGGUGGACGUGUUCGGCUUUGUCACCAGGAUCAGAGCCCAGCGCUGUCAGAUGGUCCAGACUGAUAUGCAGUAUGUGUUCAUAUUCCAGGCGUUGUUAGAGCACUACCUGUAUGGAGACACAGAGCUGGAGGUGACCUCUCUGGAGUCCCACCUGGCCAAACUCUACGCCCCCUCACCUGGAGCUGGCUGCAGUGGUCUGGAGGCUGAAUUCAAGAAACUGACAUCCAUCAAGAUCCAGAAUGACAAGAUGAGAACAGGCAACCUGCCUGCCAACAUGAAGAAGAACAGAGUCCUACAGAUCAUUCCAUAUGAGUUCAACAGAGUGAUCAUUCCAGUCAAACGAGGAGAGGAGAACACCGACUACGUCAAUGCCUCUUUCAUUGAUGGCUACCGUCAGAAGGACUCGUACAUGGCCAGCCAGGGCCCACUGCAGCACACCAUAGAGGACUUCUGGAGGAUGAUCUGGGAGUGGAGAAGCUGCUCUAUAGUUAUGCUCACUGAGCUGGAGGAGAGAGGGCAGGAAAAGUGUGCUCAGUAUUGGCCCAGUGAUGGAGUGGUGGUCCAUGGAGACAUCUCCAUCGAGAUUAAAAGGGAGGAGGAGAGCGAGAGCUACACAGUGCGUGACCUCCUGGUCACCAACAACAGGGAGAACAAGGCUCGAGCAGUGCGUCAGUUCCAUUUCCACGGCUGGCCAGAGGUGGGCAUCCCCACUGAUGGUAAAGGCAUGAUCAACAUAAUCGCUGCAGUGCAGAAGCAGCAGCAGCAGUCUGGCAACCACCCCAUCACUGUACACUGCAGUGCUGGUGCUGGCCGGACAGGGACUUUCUGUGCGUUGAGUACAGUCCUGGAGAGAGUGAAGGCAGAAGGCAUCCUGGAUGUUUUCCAGACAGUCAAGAGCCUCAGACUGCAGAGACCCCACAUGGUGCAGACACUGGAGCAGUACGAGUUCUGCUACAAAGUGGUCCAGGAGUAUAUCGAUGCCUUUUCUGACUACGCCAACUUCAAGUAGGGACCUGCCAUGGAUGGAUAUCCGCAUUCACUUCACACAAGCAUAUGCACGCACCCGAACACAUACACACACACACACAUACACACACACACACACACACACACACACACACAUCAUGCAGAAAGCUGCAUAUUCCCAUCUGAUGGAUUUUAAAAAAAAAAAGACUCAUCACAACUUGAUCUGUGGAUGGGAUGAACUGCCCGGAGGAAAAGGGAACAGAGGUCUCAGCCCAGAGGACAGGGCAGUGCAGUCGGACAGAGAAAUUAACUGAGAUGCCUUCUUGAAUAUUUUGUAAUAUUGGUCUUGUUAAUAUAGCCCUUCAACCCUAUUUGCCCUCCCCACCUCCCCUAUGUAUAUAUACUUACUGUGUUGCAUCUUAUUACUUUGGUUUCAGACACAGUUUUGAGUUUGGCUGCAUUUUCGGGUGGCACCUGUAAUGUAUUUUAUUGGUAUAUAUAUAAAUAUAUAAAUAUAUAUGGAUAUAAAUCUAAUGCUUUUGAGGCUAAUGUAAAAAAAAAAAAUCCAGAAUCAAAGUAUUGAUGUUUUGGAUUUUCUUUUUGUUUUGUUUUUACUUUUUAGGGACAGAGACUUAAAAAGUUUUUGGCUUUGCCAGAGCCACGCUGUAGCGCCGUGUGUGGUGGCAGAAAACAAAGCCUGGACUGUUUUUCACUCUGAGACAUUCAUACAGUGCACAUUCACACACAUACACGAGCAGAGCCUUUUUUUUUUCCCCCCACACUGAAUUAGUUGCAUCUCCUUGGCAAAGAUAUUUUUUUCAAGCCACUUACAGUUUCUCCCCUUUUUAAGUUUCAGGCACCAGGGGUUUAAAGGUGAAUCAUGAUUGGAGAUGAGAAUCUCUAGCUCAUAGUCUCAGGUUGACACACACAAACAUAUACAGUAAAUACCAGGAGCCAUUUGUUCUUUUUUUCCCUUUCUUUUUUUUUUUUUGCUUUUUAGAGCAUCUGUGUGUGCGCGUGCGUUUGAACUGGAGUAUAAGCUGGCUGAGAGGACACGCUGUGUUUUCACAUCACUGUCUUCUAUCCACCAAGUGCCAAAGUCCUUCACUCACUUGGUUAUGCAGCUCUACCAACCACGUUUAGACACUCAGACAACAAAGCUCUGUUUCCUGUCCUAAGGAUCUGUAACAAACACAUUUCUGGACUAUGACAUGAAAUUGGGAAAGUAGAAAUUGACUAUAGAUUUUUUUUUUAACCCCAUAUAGUAAAUAGAAUGAUAAGGAAUAAUAUAAUUGCUCAAGUUUUUAUGUUGAAUCUUGAUGAUGAUUUUUAUUUUAUUUGAAGGUCUGUUACAGCAUUAACAGCAGUGUUAAUCAUGUAGACAAGCCAAAACACAAACAACACAAUCACAAGCAACGCCGUCACUGCAUCAUUAGAAAUCAACCAAUGUUCUGCACCCCAGAAUAUUUCUUCUCUUGUUUACAGACGCAUCAGUAUUUUCUUGUAGAUUGUAUUUCUGUAUGAGUUUCUUUUCAGUCUGCCAGACUUUAUUGUCAUUUCUUUUCUUUUUUUUUUCUUUUUGAUAUCAGCCUCACAUCACUACGCUGUAAUGUCACACUUUGAAAGAAUGAUUCCCUUUUUUUAUUUUCCCACCAUGAACACUGAUGCAGAAGAAUGUUGCUUUUUAUUCGAAUGCUGUUGCUAACAUUUUCCUCAAAAAUGGAUACAUUGUUACUUUAAUAGUGAAAGUGUGCCAUGCAAUGUGUGCUCUGAUUUUUUUUUUUCUUUUCUUUUUAAUGACUGUCCUAUGAGGACAUUCAGACUUGAACUACAGUUGGGUUUUUCUUUGUUUUUUUUUUUUCAAGAUGAGGUCACAAUUGAGGCCAUGCCCUUUAUAUGAUUGUAAUGAAAGAAGAAUGAUGUCAGUUAACCGCAUGGCUUUAGGUCAGUCCUAAUUUCCACUCGGUCACCUCAGGAAAUGACUGAUGCCAGGAUUUGAUUGAAUUUACAAACUGAACAAAUUCAGCUUGAGUUCAUCUCUGCAGCUGACAUACAUUCAGAUGGUUUCAGCUCUCACCGGAUAUCGUGCUUCACCACCUGAAACUAAAGAUGAAACUGGUAGAGUUAACUUUUGUCUGUGAUUACAUGAAAAGGAUUUUUUAACACGUUUUAAUCCUGCGACACUAGAACAUAUUUCUUUUAGGAGUUUUUCAAGUUAUUUCAAUAUUUUUAAUACAGAUUCAACAGCCCCGUAUGGAUCACACUGACUCGGAAUUACACUAACAGUCCUGUAUUUAAUUACUUUUCAUAAAAAAAAAGGAGCACAAUCAAUCUUAAUUUAUUUAUAGUGGACAAAGAAAUCAGAAGUACAUGCUGAAUUUUUAGAAAGGGUGGUUGCGUCAAUGUUGAUUGUCUGAACAGUCAUGCACUAUUUGCACCAAAAGCAAAGCCCUUAAAAAGUACAGAACCAAAUGAGAGAAGAGAGAUUGACAUUGGAAUAUAUUUACUUUGAACUCUUGAGAAGGUUUCAGGUCUUAUAGCCUUCUUAUUAGCCCUCCUGUUGGGACUUAAAGUAGCAAAUAUUAAAAUUGACCAAUCACUGAAAUUGUUGCCUGUUUGUGCAUUGUCAUCGUCAUUUCAGGUCUUCUUUCGUUCCAAAGCAUCACAAGUGCCCGCUCUAGUAGUUAGGUGCUGUUAUGUUCUUCAUUUAUUUACUUUGUCACUUACCGGGUCUUUAAUUAAUAGAGGAGGGGGACGCUUAAUUGUUUAGCUAUUCUGUCUGUUGGCUUAUGCUUAAAUUUCAUGGGUUUAUUGUGUGUGUUUGGAUCAUGUGGUAACAUUGUCUCACUGCAGUUUGACAGGAAAACAUGACACUGUGCCAACCCAAGAGACCCCUUAUUUUGCUAUUAUAAUGAACUACUAAAGUGCCUCACUGGUAGGUUUUAAAAACAAAUUAAUUCUCCUAACUUACCCUUCAAUAUGUGGUGAAACCAUCAUCUUAAAGGCUGUGCUUUGCAUUUCCCUAAACAUCACCUGCAGACCAAUGACAAAUCCUUUUUGUAUGAUGAAUGGAGAGGGCCAAAACCAAGACCACGUCAAUCAUCCUUCCUUUCACAUUCCCUCUAGUUGACUUAUAAGUACAUUAGAUUCCUUGUUUGUGCAGAUCAAACUAACAUUGAGGUCACUUUUUAAAUUGAUUUCCAUCUUGAUUCAAUGGCUUCAUUUCAUUCCAUAUCGCUUGAAUGUGGGAUCCAUGACAAGUAAUCCAUCGUGGAUACCCAGAUGUUCAACAAAAAAAAAAAUCAUGAAUUCAUCUUUUUUUGAGUUAUCACCAAGGGAAACCAUGCGUCCCUGAUUCACUCCCCUUUAUUCCAGCCUAAUUUCUUGACAGUUGGGCUGGAGGAAGACUAGAGUCGAUUUACCCUCUUCUUCUCUCCACCUUUAUGUGUCUUUUAUGUCCCCUACGUCUCUUAUCCAACUCCAUUUAUUGCUGUCCACUUGUUUCCCCACUUUUCCUCUUUCACUUUCUCCUCAGACCAUUUGUUCCCAGUGGUCACAGCCCACUCCCUUUUGUACAUAAUGUAAGGUUAUUUAUAUUUCAUUCCUGUCUGCUGCCUUGCUUAUUUUAUUUUCUUCUCCCCCCCUUCUCUUUUUAAGAAAAAAAAGAUGUAUAUUGAACUGUAUCGGGACCAUUUUGAAAUGUAUUAGAGAUGUUUUGGCCAUUUUUAAUUUGGUAUAAUUGUCUUAAGCGAAUCCUAUUUUUUAAUUUGCCUCUGUUUCUAGUGUUUUGUUAUUCAACAUUUGAAUAUAUGUAUAUAUAAUUAUAUAUAUGAUAAAAUUAUAUAUAAUUAUAUAAUGCCAAAUGGCCUUUCUAAGCAAGAUACUGUUCAAACCUAAUAAAGUGCUUGAGAUUUUA